AUAUAGAGAUGCUCAGGUAGGACUGGUAGAGCUCCCAUUCUAUCAGCACACUGCAUCUGCAGCAGGACUAUCUACUUCAUACUUUUUUCAUCACUUGAACCAGGAAACCUUCCGGAAACGAAAAUGAGCGCAGGUGGAGCUAACCCACCCCCCUACAUCAUUCCAGAGGGAGAACAGGGGGAGGGUGUCAAGGUGUACCAUGUUCACCAGCCUUUCACCCCGUGUCACCUGCCAGAGGAGCAAAUACCCACUGAGGUCCAGGCCGUUCCUGUGUAUGCCACUUCUGGCUCACCCACCAAGAACAAGUUUGUCAGCUACGAGACAGAGCUGGGCCGCACAUCAGGAAGGACCACCUGCCCCGGCUGCAACCAGCAGGUCAACACCGACGUCACCUACAAAGUGGGAACCUUCGCCUGGCUCAUGUGCUUGGUCUUCAUCCUCUGCGGGUUGGUGGUCGGCUGCUGUUUGAUCCCCUUCUUCGUGAAACACUUCAAGGAUGCGUACCACUCCUGCCCCCAGUGCCACCAGAUCCUCUACGUAGACAAGAAACGCUGCUGUUGACCGCCUUUCACGUCCACCCUCCUGGCACCACGUCUCCUCCGGUCUGCUCACCGUCUCCACUGGCUGGGUUUCAUUUCCAGUGAAGCUCCUUCCCCUCUGCCCUUUAGGCCCGACUUAAGGCCUAGGAUCUGACUCAGGCGGUGCGUUAAGACUUUUCAGCCCCAUUAGAGCGGGAAGAGCUCGUGAAAGAAACCUAGCAGAGGAGGGCAUUAUAGCUAACUUACUUAGAUGAUCUUUAACCAUAUGGGUGGGAUGUAAAUAGCCUUAAGACACUGUUAAACUUGUUUCACCAUUUAAAAAAAAAAAGAACAGAAUCACCAAGAGACACGGGUAGCGGAGGUACCAUAUGUAGCUUUUACGACACAGAACCUUAGCAGUCAGAUGACAUUCCUUGUCAGUGAUAUCAAAUGCUAUCUUAAUGUCAGGUAUUGCACCUGCAAGUCUACUCACGUCUAACCUCAGGGUCUACAUCCUAUUGCUGUCACCUCACUAAGUCUCCAGCAUAAUGUGACUCAAAUGUAUCUACAGUAUAUAUUAAACCAAAUGAAGUAUAGGAUAAUGAAGUAUUUCCCAGUAGAAUCAGAAAUGAUGUACAUACAAGUUUGGUUUUCUGCACACAGUUCCAACCUUCUUCAAUAAAGCAUACUUAUUAAGGAUGCUCUGUUUAUGGCCAGGUCCAAACUCUGACGAGGACACUGAUGUCUAGUUUUGCCUGCAUAAGUGUUUGUUUACAUUUUUAUUUGUCAAACUCCUCUUUUCAACCAGACAUAUUUCCAUACUGUUGGCGCUAAACACCAAUGAUGUAUAACAUGUAUCCAAGAAGAUAUUUUACAUUUUAGUUAUCACAGAUUGUAAUUUCUUGAAAUAAAAUUAGAUGUCUCAAAGGA